CCUCUGCAUGCAUGUGAAUAGUAGCGUUAUGUGUCCUUGUCAUGCCUUGUCUCGCUUAUCUGUAAAAGUAGGACAAAGCAGAUAACAUAUUGGUCCUACAACUUUACAGUGUUUUAACAAGCAUAAGGACAUGAAAGCAAGUUAUAGGACACACGUCGUAAAAUGGGAGUCGAAAUGUAUGUCGUAUUGCUAAGUCUAGUUUUAGUAAGUUGCCAGGUUGGGACAAAUGCAUUUUCUCCAGAGCUAAAUACCAGUCCAUUACCACACCUUACAACCUCAAUUAAAAUAAACAAUGAUAGUUCUAGUAAUGCUUCAGCCUCAUCAACUGUAUCAACAUCUUCAACAAUGCCUCCUAGUAUCAGUUCAUCUUCCAAAGUGAUGACAAAAGUGACACCUAUAAAGACUGAACCACCAAAGACAUCACCUGUGACUAGCACACAGUCUAUGACAGACUCAAAGGUACCCAUAAUAACAACUAAAGUCUUGACCUCUACAACAUCAAUGACUGCGUCAACUGGAAUCACCGAGACACCUUCUGUGACUCAACUUGGGUCUACCACAACAUUGGUGACACCAACAGUGACAGCAAAGAAGGUGACAAAUGAAAAGGGCACAUCACCGGAUAUAAAUACAAGCUCAGAAAAAAGUUUAAGAACAACACCAGGUACUACAACAGCAGGUAGCAGUCCUAGUAUGCAGGAUAACAGUACACAAACAACUGCAUUACCAGAGGAACCUACAUCAUUAUCAGUGUCUACAUCAAAGUUUCUGUCAAAAUUAACAACUUCAUUUAAGGUUAAUUCAUCAACAAGGGCAAUGCAAACUAAAACUGCAGCAGAGACAACUGAAGUUAUAACCACAGUAACUUCAAAUCCUACAUCUUCCAACGAUUCGGCAAAAACCCUUACUCCCACUGUGGUUGGUACAACAUCUGUUUCAUCCUUACAAUCAACUUCAGCAUCAAUACAAGAUGGUACAACUACUUCAACAAGCACUACAUACAUGGACUUGAGUACAUAUAUUUCAACAUCUACUGGUGCCAAAAGCACUGUCAACCCUGGUGUAGAUUUAACAACUGUUUUAACUGCCACAAGCAACACUAGUACCAGUGAGACAGCUUCCGUGACUUCUACUACUGAAGCCAUGUUUACAGGCCCAACAAAGAAGCCUAUUCCUGACAGUGGCGGAGCUACCAUGACAACUGAGCAGUCCAUUACUACAAGUCAGACAUCACCAGACACAAACACAACAGGUACAACAGCAACACCUGUACCCAUUUCUACAUUAUCAACUAUAGAUAACAAUGUCAGCAUCACUGUCACUGGUACUAUAAUUACAACAGUUACUGAGAAUCCGCCUAGUAUUGCCAGUAGUACCAUUGGUAUCAGCAAGGAAACGGUACCAGUAACAAUAACAACUAGAAGGAACAUGCAAACAUCCCCUGAAUCCAUUGUUACAACAAGUUUAUCCAAGGACAUAACAACUCACAUUGCACAGAAAGAUACAGAAAAGACAUCAGGAAACAAUGUGGGACUGGCAGUGGGCCUAGGAGUUGGCCUGCCUGUGCUUUUAAUCAUUGUUAUUGUAAUUUUCCUGUGGAUGAGAAAGCGUCAUGUCAAAGGAUAUCGAUACAUUACCCUGGACGACUUUGGAAGCUGGAGCUCAUAUGGCAAUCCCACCUAUGAAGUUGCUUGACCAGAUUGUUUAAAUGGAAAAAAAAUUAAAUUUGUACAAUGUUAACAAUGGACUUGAUGUGUUAUCACAAAUAUUUAAUUGUUUCAAAUGUGAACCUGGGUAUUUGAAAAAACACUGGACAUUCAUCGUGCUGAUAAGUGCUGGGGUGGGUGGUACAUGUAGGGUAGGUUUACCCUCUACCAGGGCGACCGAUUGAUUUUCAACAGAUAUGUCUCUAGAUGGUAGAGGGUAGGGUAAGUUUUUAAAAAUGCCAGUUGCAAUAGGUUGCAAUCGUCUUCUGCCUGAACAGGCCAAAUGACCACUGUAUGUCUAGCUGGCUUAUUCCUUGAUCAGAACUGAAUUUUUAAAAAAGGGAGAAUUCUGCAGAAAAAGCUCAUGUCUGUUUUUUAUUUGUUAAGUAAAAGCAUAAUAUUUGAGAAGUAUGUUUUCAAUAAAAUGCAGUGUUUUUCUCAUUUA